AUGGACUCCGAAAAGCACGAUGUCGCCCACGUUGACCAGCCCCAGGCCACGGCUGUCCGUCUGCUCGACCAAGCUGACCACAGCACUACCAAGUGGCAGGCCAUCAAAGCCAACCCCAAGGCUUUUUGCUGGUGCCUGUACGCCGUAUGGACCGUGUUGCUCGUCAGCUUCGAAAACCAGGCCUCGGGUAUCGUCAUCAGCAUCCCCAGGUUUCGCAAGGACUUUGGCGAUGCUUUCGAGGGCGACUAUGUCGUGCCGGCAAAGUGGCAGUCUGCCUUUAGCGGAGCACCCGUAGCAUCGCAGGUUGCCGGGUCCUUCCUGUGUGGAACCAUUGCUGACUCCAUCGGUCGACGCUGGACCUUUUUCUCUGCCAUCCUCGUGUCCUUUGCCGCCAUAACCGUCGAGUUCAUAUCCACGACCAAUGCCGAGUUCUUUGGUGGAAAGUUCCUCAAUGGCUUUGUCGUCGGCAUCCUGCAGGCCGUGGCGGGGAGCUACGUUGGCGAGAUCGCUCCUUUCCCCCUCCGCGGUCUGUUGACCUGCUUGAUCGCCCUGUCGUACACACUCGGUCCAUUUACUGUGGCUCUCAUCGUCGACAGCGAGGGCGACGCUGACAACCGUUGGGCCUACCGAUCCGUCUUUUGCUCUCAGUAUGGAUUUGCCGCUGUUGCCGCUGCCUUUUGGUUCUUCAUGCCUGAGUCUCCGUGGUGGCUCGCCAACAAGGGAAAGGAUGAGCUGGCUCUCAAAAACCUCGAAAAACUCGGCUAUUCUUCCUCGACGGGCGAGAACGCCCGGCGUCUCGCUCAGAUCAAGACGACGCUCGACGAGGCUCGCCACGAGACCGAGGGUGUAUCGUAUCUCGAGUGCUUCCGUAAGAGUAAUCUGAGGCGAACCAUCAUCAGUAUCUCGGUCAUCAUGAUGCAGCAACUGUCGGGCAUCAACUUUGCCGCGUCCUACUCAACCUACUAUGCGCAGCUGGCCGGCUUCAGUACCGAUAUGUCUUUCAAGCUGCAGAUCACCCAACAGGUCCUGUCGAUGGCCGGAAACGUCCUGUCGUGGUAUCUCAUCGAUAAGGCUGGUCGGCGCAACCUGACGCUGUACGGCAUAGUUACGCUGACGGUCGUUCUGUGGCUCAUGGGUGGUCUUGCCGUCGCCGGCGAGUCUGCUUCCGAGGGCUCGUCAGCCCUUCUCAAGGGUUGCGUCGCCUUGAUCCUCGUCUACUGUUUCUUCUACAACGUCAGCAUCGGCGCUGUGGCCUACACGCUGCUCACAGAGGUGAGCACCAGCCGUCUCCGCAUCAAGACGGUCGCCAUUGGCCUGGCCAGCUCGCACAGCGUCUCCGUCAUGUGGAGCUUCGUGCUGCCCUACAUGUUCAACCCGGACCAUGCCAACCUCGGAGGCAAGGUCGGCUUCAUCUUCGGUGGUCUCUGCUUCCCAUGCAUCGCCUUUGCGUGGUUCUUCAUCCCUGAGACUAGGGGCAGGACCUACGAGGAGCUGGAUGAGAUGUUUGCCAAGAAGGUGCCCCCGAGGCACUUUAAAGAUUAUAAGUCGGAUGCCCGGGCAAAGGCAACGGCACUCACCGAGCCUGAGAUUGUCAAGGUCAAGGAGGAUGCUUGA